CCCGCCAAGAAUUCAGAGCUGGAAAGGCAGGAAAACCCCUGGAAAAGUCAGGAAAUUUAUACAGUGCCAUUUUUACGUAAAACUUUGAGAGAACCAAAAUGGCUAUACCAUUCUUCGAGGAAGAGCAUGUCUCCAAAACCGAACCGAGUGGCGAUCAAGUGGAUAGUCCCAUGGCCUUCUCCAUAGAUCCUGGACAUGAUCAAGUGGACUUCGAAGGACCUCCGUCUGCGGCAGCAGAAGUCCCCCAGCCGGGAGCAACAAGUGAGCCAGUUUCGCCGCCGAGCGCCGAGGAGCAACUGUUGGCCUGGAAAAUCCUGGCACUCACCAUGUGCAAGGUACUCAAGCAGUUUUACCUUCAACACAAGACAUCCGGAAAAUCCAGCAAACUAAAGGCCACCGUUCACAUUCAACCGCAGGCGCAGUAAAUAUUUUUGCAAAAAAAAUAUUUAUCACCAACUAAGGCUCCUAAAAGCGCAACUUGUGAUUACUUUACGUUGGUGAGAACUAGCGCAGCCCCGAAAUUUUCGAGAGAGAAAGAGCGAGACAGUGACAGAGAAAUGUGAAUCGAUUUCCCAAGGAAAAACCCAAAAAAAUAAUAAUUUUUAUACAUGUAUUUUCUUUGUCGGAAAUUAUUCCUGCCCAGAGUUUCUAAAUUGCCGUCGGCUUACAACAAAAUCAUAAAAUUUGGAUAAGCGCAAAUGUGAUAAAUAAUUUUGCUAAAAAUAUUUUCAGUCCAUAAUAUUUGUUUAGUAAACUUAUUUAAGUUAGUUUUACUGAUUUAAAUUAUUAAGUCAAGUUCUCUUAGGAGGUCGGCCCAGUGCAAAGAAAAAUGGAAAGAAGAAUCUGAUAAUAUAUUGGAGAAUUGCCCGAAAAGAUUAAAGACAAAAUUUUAUAAGCAGCAGCUAGUUUUCAAAUAGAAACCAACUUAGUUGAUAAGCCAAACUAUUCUAUAUUCUAUAUCUACAAAUAGUUACAACUUUUUUACAAACAA